UAAGGUCCAGGACUUGGCCGAGUACCUGGUGACCCUGCGUCAGGCUCUCUACCUGGACGAGCAGCAGGUCAGAGGUCAUCUGCCUGUGACCUCUGACCUGGACAAGAGGAGGAUCAAUUACCAACCCAGGCACCAAGCCAAGCUGGCACACGGCCGCUUUAAGGCCCCCAAGAAUACGGGCGUCACCCCGGGUGUGGACAGUGUCAAGAGGAGCCUGAUUGGUCCUCCAGGGGGACCGGCUCAGUGGCCCAGCACCAGUCGUCUAGUUGAGGCUCUGUGCAUUAAAUUGUGUUCAUUGCACAAGUCCCCAACAAAAAAGGAUGGAGUGCGGCUUCCUCGGUGGACCAAAGUUCUCACCGACUACCACCACAUCUGAGACCUGGUGCUGGACUGCCCCCCCCUGAUGGAGGCCACCUCUCUGCAGCUUUUUGUCCUCAAUCAGAGGACUGACACAGUGUUUUCUGAUUGCAGGUUUAAUCGAAGGGAGAGCACGCAGGAGAUUAGUGUCCUCACCCAGGGCCUUGCUGCAGAGGACCACAUCGUUGUGGCCAGCUCACAGCUGCCUCCUCCGCGGGAGAAGCUGGACGAAGCGCCGUCCCCCUCAGGACUCCAGCAUGAGUUUGCUCUCCCGCCAAACAGAGCAGAACCAGCGGUGCUUCAAUGGAAUGCUGCCUUGCUCUUUAAUUCAGGUCCGAUGUGCCAGGAGGACUGUGUGGUGAGGGAUGAGGACGCUUGGCCAGCCUGAAGACUUCAGUCCACCUACGUUUAAAAAAGGGCAUUCCUGAAACCUGCCAGCAGCUCCUGGCCGAUCGGAUCCCAAUCCAAAAAACUUCUAUGAUCAUUCCUGGGUGAGACACUACUCUAAGCCAUUUUAUUGCACAUCAACCAUCAACUCCUAAUACUUAUUUAAUUUCACAGAGUUUUUAGAGUGAGAAGAUCAGCAUGAGGGCCUCGCCUUGUCAGGAGAACAGGGCUGGUCGAUUGGUAACGAUAGGACCAAGCUAAACAAAGGGUUUUGUGGGUGGUUUUAGCAUUUCUACACCUCAUAAAGGAGAAAGCCAGGACGAGGAGAUGUGCUGCCUCUAGAGAAAAAUGGGUUCUGAAACCUCAAAGGCCUCGGGGUGUCUCCCCCUCCUCCAGACUCUGUAUUAUAUAAAAUUAUGAGGGGGAAAGGUAGAUAUUAUGGUUUUCCACAGGGUGGAACGUUGAGCAUAAAUCAGUUAAAUAAGGUUAAAAAGCUGAUGGAUGGAGACUGGGAGAAAAAGAAAAAUAGGAAAAAGAUUAACAAAGAGGAUUUAGAUCAGAGGGUAAAAUGGGUAAAAUGUUGAAAUGAAUGGAGUGCAGAAGCUGCAAGAAGAGAGAGAAAGUCUGAACUGAAACAGAUUUCAUAGGGAAAGGAUUUAUCUGGAGACGUGGGUAACAGGCGUGACAAUGCUGGUGGUGCUGCUGAUGACCCCAUGUUUCCACCUCCAUAUAGACCUAGAGGUGCUUCACCCUCCUGUCCAUAUGAUCC